AUGAAAUCGCUCGAGACCCUCGCCGCCAUCGUCGCACACCCCAUCCUCGGCACGCUAGUCAGGGACGUCACACUAGUCACCUCCUUUCUCGACACCGACACCCUGCUUGAGGUUGUCCGCACCCACAAGAAGCCGCCCGUCCAGCCGCCCGAACGCGCCUCCACCGUGCGCAGGGAUGAUGUUGGCCCCGAGGAGCUAGCCGCGACGCGCGAGUUGCUGGGCGUCUACGACGAUCUGCGGGCGGACCGAGCGCGAUCGAGCGCCUCGGGUCGGGAUGUCGAGCUGCUCGGUGCGGUUUUCGCGCAGCUGAGGGCCUUGAGGACGCUGAGAUUGGAGGCCAGUGUCUUCAAGUGCCGGGGAGAGCCGAGAGGCAAAGAGCAGAGGUUGCAUGUGCUUCGGGCGCCGGAUUACCUGCCAAAAGCAUCGUCGUCCAGGCCAGUGGGCGAUGAGCAGCCUCAGAAGACGCCGAGAAGAAGGAUCUGGGAGAUGGCGGUGCACGACUUCAACAUCACGCUGCGAGCCAUGGCGCAAAGUGGGGUAGCUGUCGACAGCAUGCUGGUCUUUGGAAAAGAGUGGGGCUGUAGCGUCCUUUCAGCUGAAGUCGGAAAGCUGCUCGCCGACGAUUCCAUGUGCGGAGCUGAGGUUGUGCGGGCGGCCGUGUCUCGUCUCAAAUGUUUGAGCAUCAGUGUGUCGCGAGGCUCGCUCCAGAUGUUUGGGGGAGACGGAGAGAAGAAGGCCGCACACCGGAACUACAUCGAUAGCAACGAGGAUCUGGAGGGAUUUGGGAAGUUGCUAGCCAUGUGCGCGAGCCUCGAACAGCUCGACAUGCGCAAAGUCCGGAUGUAUAACGAUCUCGGCCUGUCAAGGAGCGUGACGGACCCAAACUUUUUCCGCAGUAUUGCGACAAAGGCGGACGUGACGAAGCUCCGGUCGCUCACAUUGCGCGGAUGGACUGCGCGGGGGGCAGACUUGUCGCAUCUACUGUGGAGAUGCAGCAGCCUGGAAGAAUUGGAGUUGCGAGAGGUGCGCCUCUGGGACGGGCAGUGGAGCCAGGUGUUUCGGCUGCUGGGCGAGCGGGCACGACAACUGAGGCAAUUGACGCUAUACCGCUGUUUCGAGACGCAGCUGAUCUGCAUCACGCGGCCUGCGGGAGCGGCAGUCAGGCCAGACGACGCGUGCUACGAGUUCAUGGACACGGUCAAGCUGAGCGGCGAAGAAGUCCGAGGUGGCAUCGGAUACUGCAAACAAGCGGAGACUUGGACCGGGAGCCGGCCGCACCGAGUGUACAGGCGGGAAAGGAUGAAAGAAUACGGGUUCUGA